AUGUCGGACUACGACUCGGGUGACGAUCUACUCGAUGAUGUCAAUGUGGAUGUGCUCAUGGCUGGCACCAAACGCUCGGGACCUCCCAGCGACCACGGUGACAACCUACGUCCGAACAAACGCACCAAGCUGCAUGUUGACAACGCCAUUUACGGUACUGUCGCCCGAUCCAUCCUGAAGGAAAAGUUUGGAUACGACAACUUCCGUCAUGAACAGUCUGGCGCCAUCGAAGCCACUUUGCGAGGAGACAAUGUACUUGCCGUCUUCCCGACAGGGGCGGGAAAGUCUCUAUGCUAUCAGCCGCUGGUCACCCUCAGGAAGCUUUCAGUUACUUACGAUACCCUCCAGAUACCCGGCAUAGCCUUCGAGAAGCUCGAUGCCGAAGGCGCAACCGCUGAUCGCUCGGGCUUGGGCCAAGACGGCUCUGGCAUCACUAUCGUCGUCUCGCCUCUCAUUGCUCUGAUGAAGGAUCAGGUAGAUGCACUGACACGCAGAGGCAUCCCUGCUGCUUGUCUUGAUUCAACCAAGACAUACGAUGAGCACAAAGCGAUCAGUGCCGCCAUGAGAGAAGGCCGUCUCAGACUGCUGUAUUGCGCUCCUGAGAGACUGAACAACGAAGGCUUCGUCGAAAGCAUGAAAUGGGUUCCUGGCGGCAUUCGUCUGGUCGCGGUCGACGAGGCGCAUUGCAUAUCUGAAUGGGGCCACUCCUUCAGACCAGACUACCUCAAGGUUGCCCGUUUUGUCCAAGAAAUUAAGGCUGAAAGGGUCAUCUGUCUUACAGCGACUGCUACACCACGCGUUGCUGAAGAUAUCUGCAAAGCCUUCGACAUCACAAAGUCCAAUACAUUCCGGACGUCUCCAUACCGGCCGAACUUGAAUUUGCAUGCUGAGUCGGUAGAUACCAAAGAAGGCAAAUUUCCAAGAUUAAUCAAGUUUCUCGAGGAUCACACGGGGCCAACCCUCGUAUAUGUCACAGUCCAGAAACAGGCUGAGGCUCUGGCAGAGCGGUUGAGCGCUAAUGGUUUCAAGGCUACAGCUUUCCACGCUGGCCUCAGAACCGAGGACAAGACCCGUAUCCAAGACAAUUUCAUGGCUGGCAGGAUCCGGAUCGUGGUCGCCACUAUUGCGUUUGGCAUGGGCAUUGACAAGGCCGAUAUCCGCUGCAUAGUCCAUCACGAUAUCUCCGGCACGGUUGAGGAAUACUCUCAACAAAUCGGCAGAGCUGGGCGGGAUGGGAAGCCUAGUCACUGCGUCAUGUUCCUCUGCAAUGACGACUUCUGGCUCCGGGAGAACUUUGCUCGUGGCGACUUGCCUUCCCGGCAAUCGCUACAAGGGCUUCUAGAAGAUAUUUUCCACCAAGAAGCCGUUCACCUACCUGGUGGCGGCGAAGUGAUCAAGCUCAGCCAAUAUUCGCUCGGUCGUGAUUAUGACAUCAGACCGAGUCCGCUCGGAAUCCUCUUGGCCACGCUCGAACUGCGUUUUGGACUGAUCCGAGCCAUAACUCCUGAGUAUAGCUCGUACCAGUUCGAAGCAAUGCCUCGGUAUUACUAUGCCAGCAAGAACGACCAGUCCCCAGAGGCCAAGGCUAUCUUGAAUGAUGCCAAAAAGGCCAAAAAAUGGUACACGAUCGACGUGAAUGCCACUGCGAAGACCACUGGAUUGCUCCGCUCGGACAUCAUUAGGAAGCUCAACGAGUUCCACGAUACGGGUUCCAUCAUGUUGAAGGCUACUAGUGUUGUGAACCGCUACAAGAUUCUCAAGAAACUGCCAAGCGCAACGAAGGAGAUCGAAUCCAUAGUCGACAAGCUGUAUCACGAGAUGGAAGGACGUGAGGAAGAUGCGCUGCAAAGAUCCGAGCAGGUUGCGGACCUACUGACCAGUCCCAAGUGCUUUGCACUCUCACUAGCUGAGCACUUUGGUAUGGAACUACCCGACGGCAAGACCAAAUGUGGACACUGCACGUUCUGUCUGACGGGUGUGGCUGUCGUGCUCCCGCCAAAACCGGCCCCACCAGUUGAUAUCACGGGUAUCCAGAAGAUACUCGAUGCCUGUGACGUUCGGGACGAUCCGCGAUUCCUUGCGCGCAUCGCAUUCGGUAUCAAAAGCCCCAGGGUUACCCAGCUCAAACUCGAUCGCCUCAAAGUGUUUGGAUCGUUGGAGGAUCAUGACUUCAAGGUACGUCCAGCGGUAAACCGGCGGAAUCAGGGAUUAGCAGCCGCCAUCCUGCUGAGAGUUCAAGACUCCGUGCUGACCUGCAUCAUAGUCUCUUCUGCGAGAAUUUACCAGAGCUUGCGACGCCGCAUCGAGGACGAAGAAACGCUGAGCUUGGCAAGCAUGGCGCCCACGAAAUGA